AUGAAGUUCUAUGUUGCAGCAUUGUUGACAGUGAUUUUAUCAACUGCUCUUUCUGCCCCGUCGCCAUUCCAUGCUUUGUCGACUAUUAAAGCACGUGAUGGACUGUGGCAACCAUGGGUCAGCAAUGAAUUAGAACAAGGACCAUGCCGCGAAGUCACAUUGAUUUUUGCACGCGGCUCGAAUGAACCUGGCAAUAUGGGGAUAAUCGUUGGGCCUCAGCUCUGUGAGGAUCUCAAAGAUAACCUGGGCCCCGAAAUAGUUGCGUGUCAAGGCGUUUCUGGUGCAUAUACCGCUGGAUUUCAAGACAACUUUCUGCCCAACAACACCACACCAGAAGCAAUAUCCUCUGCAAUUAACGAAUUUGACCUGGCCAGAGCCAAGUGCCCUAAUACCCAAAUUAUUGCAGGAGGUUACAGUCAAGGUACGGCAGUUUUGGAUGGAGCAAUCAAAAGCCUUCCAAAUGACAUCAAGGGUCAGAUCAAAGGAGUAGUCUUGUUUGGAUAUACCAGGAACGCCCAAGACAAAGGGCAAAUUCCAGGCUAUCCGGGAGAUCAAACCGAGGUAUACUGUGCAUCCGGUGAUCUG